AUGUUACUGGCUAGGCUACAAGAUAGGAACUUGGUCAGGCUCCUAGGUUUCUGUCUGAAAGGAGUCGAACAACUUCUCAUUUACCAGUUUGUGCCCAAUUCAAGCCUUGAUCAGUUUCUAUUCAAUCCUAUAAAGCGUGCGAAUCUCAACUGGGAUAGGCGUCACAAGAUAAUAAUAGGCAUCGCUAGAGGGAUGCUUUACCUACACAAAGACUCUCAAUUUCGUAUCAUCCAUCGGGACCUCAAAGCUAGCAACAUUUUGUUGGACUCGGACAUGAUUCCUAAGAUAUCGGAUUUUGGUAUGCCGAGGCUAUUCGAGUUGGACCAAACUCGAGCAGAGAUAAACCGAAUCGUGGGGACCUAUGGAUAUAUGGCACCGAAGUAUGUAAUACACGGAACUUUCUCGGUCAAGUCAGAUGUGUUCAGUUUUGGAGGGCUGGUUUUGGAGAUUGUGAGUAGUCAAAGGAAUACUAUUUACCACAUGGGCGAUGACACAGAGGCCCUUAUAGGCUAUGUUUGGAAGAAUUGGAGGGAACGAUCAAUAUCGAACAUCAUCGAUCCCUCUAUAAGUUCUGGUUCAAGUACUGAAAUUUCGAGGCGCAUCCACAUUGGUUUAUUAUGUGUCCAAGAAGACGUGGCUAGCCAGCCAAUGAUGGCCUCAGUCCUUCUCAUGCUUAAUAGCCACUCGAUCACUCUCCAAGUGCCGUCGAAACCUGCAUUCUUCAUGCACAGUGGCAAUGAAUUUGAUAUGUCAUCCACGUAUGAUUAUUCAAGGGUAUCUCAGGUGGAGAGAUCAUGA